AUGGCGACGUGGCUGCUCCUGGUGCUGCUGGUGACCCCCGGGGGGGUCCUCCCUGCCCCUCGGGGGGGUCCCGAGCCCCGGGGGGGUCCUGAGCUCUGGGGGGGUCCCGAGCCCCGAGGGGGUCCCGAGCCCCGGGGGGGUCCCGAGCCCCGGGGGGGUCCUGAGCUCCGGGGGGGUCCCGAGCCCCGGGGGGUUCCCGAGCCCCGGGGGGGUCCCGAUCCCCUCUCGGCCGUGUCGGACCAGGAGCUCCGGGAUCUCUCCGAGCGGCUCCUCGCGGCCGAUUCGAACCGGGCGGGGCCGGGGCAGCUCGAGCUGAACCUGCAGAGCCCCGAGGGCGACUCCGGGAGCCAGAGGCUGUUUUCCUACGUGUCCCCGGCGCUGCUCUCCCGCCCCACGUUUUCCCGGCUCCUGGCGCUGCUGGAUAAUUACGAGCCUCAGACGGGGCGGGCGGAGGAGGUGACGGGGGAGGAGCAGCGGGAGGAGCGGGAAUUCCUGGAGGCCGCGCUGGACACGCCGGUCCUGGCGCUGCUCGAGAACUUCGUGCUCAGCAAGGGUCUGUACCCCUCGGCCGAGUCCUUCCGGACUGACCUUCACUCCAUGUGGUUCGGGCUCUACUCGCGCUCGGGAGGGAAAGUUCUGGAUUCCUCCGGCUUCGAGCACGUGUUCUGUGGUGAGGGGA